AUGUCUGACGAAAUCGUGUGGCAAGUCAUUAACCAGUCGUUCUGUUCACACAGAAUCAAGUCUCCCAGCGGUCAAACGUUUUGCAGAGAUCCAUAUAAUGUCACUGGUCUGUGUACCAGACAAUCCUGUCCGCUAGCUAACUCCAAAUAUGCCACUGUGAGAGCGGAUAAGGGUAGAAUAUAUUUGUAUAUGAAGACUCCUGAAAGAGCUCAUACUCCUGCCAAGUUGUGGGAGAGGAUUAAAUUGUCAAAGAAUUAUUCUAAGGCUUUGAAACAGAUUGAUGAACAUUUAUUACAUUGGAAAAAUUUCUUUAUUCAUAAAUGUAAGCAAAGAUUCACGAAAUUGACUCAAGUGGCCAUCACUGAGAGAAGAUUGGCCAUGAGAGAGGAAGAAAGGCAUUAUGUUGGUGUGGCUCCAAAGGUAAAGAGAAGAGAACAAAAUAGAGAAAGAAAGGCUCUUGCCGCAGCCAAGAUUGAAAAGGCUAUUGAGAAGGAAUUGCUUGAUAGAUUGAAGAGUGGUGCAUACGGUGAUAAACCUUUGAAUGUCGAUGAGAAGAUAUGGAAGAAGGUGUUGGGUCAUCUUGAUGAAGAACAAGAGGAAGAAGAGGAAGAAGAUUGGGACGAAGAAGAGGAAGAGGAAAGUGAUGAAGGUGAAGUUGAAUAUGUCGCUGAUGAUGCAGAGGGUGAAUAUGUGGAUGUUGACGAUCUAGAGAAAUGGUUAGCUGAUUCUGAUAGAGAUGCUUCAUCUGAUGAAGAUAGCGAUGAAUCUGAAAGUAGCAGUGAUGAAGAAGAUGAAGCUACGGAUUCCAAGAAACGUAAGAAGUCCAAGGUAUCAAAGAAUAAACGUCCAAAGGUGGAAAUUGAAUUUGAAGAAGAGCAUGAAUUACAAAAUAAUGAACCUGAGAUUGCGCAUUAG